GGAAGUGACGAAGAGGAAACAACAGCAAAAGCUCAAAUAAAAUAGCGGGUGUACACUUUUAUUAUUGAACUUCAAAAUAAUAAAUCCUCGCACUUUAAGUGACACUGCCUUAGUGGUUAAGCGUGGAUGAUUGAUGAUUGAUGAUCGGAGGAUAUUGAUGAUCCUCGGCUGACCUCCCGCCAGCUGCUGUGCUUCAGUUCCUCGGGUUCCGUUGUCUGGAGGGUCUGAGGUGAGGGUUAACCCAGCUGAUGGAUCCGUGGGAGCGGAGCCCGUUCUCCAUCACCCCGGCAGGCAGCUUCCUGUCCAGCUGCGUGGCGAAGGGGAUCUGGACACAGGAGGAGUUUGACUCCGCCCCUAGGGAAAGCCACGCCUUCUCCCCGCGUCUCCAGGCCGCUGAGCAACACAUCAGGGCCAAGCGGGAGCUGGCUCAGUUACGUCUGGAGGCGGAGCUCCUGAGCCUGGAGAAAGAGAGCGCUGAUGUGACGCACAAGUUCUACCUGACCCGGAGGUUCAGGGACCUGCAGGUGUUUGCGAGUCACCUGCAGGACCUUCUGAAGGAGCAGAGCAGCCUGCGCCAGAGACUGAUGAAACCCUUCUGUCAGACCAGCCUGCCUAUGGAGGCUCACCUGCACAGGUAUGUGGUGGAGCUCAUCCAGAUGGUCCUGGACUUCAUCGAGAGCCUGGAGCGUCACGUGACCACGGUGCGCGCGCUGCCCUCGCUCCCCGACAGCGUGGCUAAACUGAACAGCGGUGUGGCCCAGCUGCUGGCCCAGGUGGCGGAGGUGGAGCAGCUGUCCUCUCAGGUCCUCCAGUGGAAGGACCUCCACCCGCGCACCGCUCUGCUCCCAGGGCCCGGCCCCGACUCAUUGAGCGGCCGGCUGGGCUCUACGUUCUAG